UAUCAUUUUAUUUCAGUACUUGGUGAAUCAAGAACACAUGCUGAAGACUACCUUGCCUCUCUUUGCCAGAUUCAUCAUCAGCAAUGGAUUGAAGACUAAAUAUGGAACAUUCAUAAUCUCCCUGGAGGCAGUUGACCAAACUUUGCCUACACUAUCUAGGAACAUGGGGUUAAGAUUAAUGGAAGGCAAUAUGGUACUCCUUUCUCCUGAUGUCCUGCAGCUUACAGACUCUGACACUGCCACAGAAAACCUUACCUUCCUCUUGGCUCAGCUCCCCCAGUACGGUCAUCUCUAUUACCGAGGGGCUGUACUACAGCAAUACAAUUUCACCCAACGUGAUGUGGACAAUAUGGAUGUUGCAUACAAGCACCGAGGUGGGGAUUCCAAGAUUGACAGAUUUACAUUUGUUGCAACAGAUAGGACUAAUCAAGGCUUCAUCGUGAAUGGGAGGGUGCAGAUCGAGCCAGUGGCAUUCACCAUUCAGGUAGAUCAUUUGGACAAAACGGCACCAAGAAUCAUUCAUCUCCGUUGCUUAUCUGAUGUGGAAAUGCUGAAGAAUGGCAGUUAUGGGAUCUACAUUACUUCCAGGUCCCUGAAGGCAACUGACCCCAGUACAGAGGAUGACAAAAUAUUUUUUAAAAUCUUACGAGGUCCUCGUUAUGGCUACCUGGAAAAUAUAACAACAGGUGGACUUAUCCAUGAAGGCUUUAGCCAAAAGGAUUUAAAUAGCAAAAUUAUAUUUUAUGUCAUCAAUCCAUUGUGGGAAGUGCAUUCAGACAACUUGGAGUUUCAGGUCACAGAUACCAAUGGAAGUUCAGCGAUUCCCCAAAUGCUGGAGCUACGGUGGUCUCGCAUUGAAAUGCAGCAGACUGAAUAUGAAGUGUGUGAGAACAUGGGGACGGUGUCUCUGAAAAUCACCAGGGCAGGACACUCUACUGACUCUGCCUUUAUCGUGGUGAAGGUCAAUGAAAUAUCUGCUGUGCUGGGAAAGGACUUUGCAGUGACUACCUCCAAACUUAUUCAGUUUGAUCCAGGAAUGUCAACCAAGAUGUGGAAUAUAGCAAUUACUUAUGACAGAUUAGAGGAAGAUGACGAAGUCUUUGAAGUAGUUCUGAACUCCUCUGUGAAUGCUGUUCUUGGCACCAAGACAAAAGCUGUAGUGAAAAUUUUGGACUCAAAAGGAGGUGGGGAGAUUGGCUUGAAUCUUUCCUUUGAGAUCUUAACUUUUGUUGUUUCUGAUGAUGAAGCUGGCCCAAAUGUGAAAGACUGCUGUUAUGAUAGACCUCUUCCUCCUCCAGUUCCUCUUCACCGUCCCCUCCCAGUGUAUAACCUUAACAUCACUGUACUUCCAGUGGACAACCAACCUCCAUCUAUUGCAACUGGUGCAAGGUUUGUCGUGGAGGAGGGCUCCUCAACAGCCCUUACUUCUAACCAUUUGUAUGCCACCGACCCUGACACCACUGCAGAUGACUUAGAGUUUGUCUUGGUUUCUCCUCCUCAGUUUGGUUAUAUUGAAAAUAUACUGCCUUCUCCUGGGUUUGAGAAGAGUAACGUUGGUAUAAGUAUAGCUUCGUUUCAGUUGAAGCACCUGAAAACUCUGAAUAUAAACAAUGUACAAGCCAGGCACAUGCGAAUGGAGCCAAGAGCAGACCUCUUUGUACUUUAUGUCACCGAUGGCCUGCAUCGUUCGACAGAGAUUCCAUUUUUUGUGCUGAUCAACCCAACCAAUGAUGAAGUCCCAGAAUUCAUAGCAAGAAACAUUACUGUUCAAGAAGGUAUGAUGAAAGAGCUGGAUCUCUCUGUUAUCAAUGCUGUUGAUCUGGAUGUGCCUCAAGACCACUUGGUAUUUGAUGUUGUGCAGCAUCCUUCACAUGGAUUCCUCAUUAAUGGAGUUCAUGGCAAUGAUAUUCUACUGUACAAAGAGCUAAUUCACCACCAGAGCCGUGAGUUGCUUGUUCAUGACUUUUCUAUGGAGCUACUGAAGAAUGGUAUGAAACUGAUGUACAUGCAUGACGAUUCAGAAAACCUCAAUGACAGCUUUAAAAUCCAGCUAUCAGAUGGGAAACAUAAAGUCCUCAGAACCAUUUCAGUAAAGGUCAUCCCAGUUAAUGAUGAGAAACCAGUGCUGAGCAAGAAGGAUAAUAUAGAGGUGUGUAUGGGUGAAACUCGAAUUAUUUCUAGUGCUGUUCUGUCAGCUGAAGAUAAAGAUACCCCUAGAGAGAGAAUUUACUACUUAUUUGAAAGACUUCCAGAAAAUGGCCAGCUUCAAAUCAAGGUAGGCAGAGACUGGGUGACUCUCCAAACCGGAAUGAAGUGCACUCAGGAAGAACUGGAUAUGAACCUUGUGAGAUACGUCCACACAGGAGCUAUAGGGUCCAAGAACCAAGACUUGUUCACAUUUUAUCUGUGGGAUGGGUACAACAGAUCCCCAGCUGUAGACUUCUACAUAAAUAUCAAGAACUUGGAAAAGGGAGACAUUGCUGUUUUCAUAAAACCUCUCAAAGUACCAAAAGGGGAUCGAGGCUACAUUACAACUGAUGUCCUCCUUUCACUGGAUGGUACUGACAAGCCUGAAGAGCUUCUCUAUGUGAUAACAUCCCCACCUCAGUAUGGACGAAUAGAGUAUGUUAGCUAUCCUGACAUCCCCAUAACGAGCUUCAGUCAAAUGGAUGUUGCAAGUCAGAUAGUCUGCUAUGUUCACAGCACCAAGGCACAUUCAAGGCAAGAUGCAUUCAGUUAUCGGCAUGAUGGUUCUGAGACCCUUACAGACGAAGUCGUUUUUGCAGCCACAGAUGGCAUCCACUUCUUAGAGUUCACCCUUCAGGUCAAGGUGUUGCCCAUGAAUGAUGAGCCACCUGUUAUGCGAACAGGGCUUAUCAAUGUGGUACGCUGCCUGGAGGGUGAAGAAGUGGUCCUCUCCUCAGAGUAUAUAUAUGCCACAGAUGCAGACAGUGAUGACAUGAAGCUGGUGUUUGUGCUGGUUCGCCAGCCCUCCCAGGGGGUGCUGAGAAAAGCUGGAAUUGUUGUGGAGCGUUUCUCCCAGGCUGAUGUCGUCUCUGGCUUAGUCACCUAUAAGCACACUGGUAAGGGAGACUGGGAGGUGCUCAGACAGUUUUGGUGGAAAAUCUUCACCUAA